AAAAAGAGAGAACCAGCUUUUGCGGCCAGCAUCAUGGCGUGGCCAUGCAUCACACGGGCUUGCUGCAUCGCCCGCUUCUGGAACCAGUUGGACAAGGCGGACAUCGCUGUACCGCUGGUUUUCACCAAGUACUCAGAGGCCACGGAGCACCCGGGCGCCCCACCGCAGCAGCAGGCGCAGCUGACACAGGCGCCCCCUUCCGCGCGCGCGGUCGCCAUAGAGACACAGCCCGCCCAAGGAGAGUUGGAUGCAGUUGCCCGGGCAACAGGGUCGGCGCCAGGGCCGAGUGGUGACCGCGAGGCGGCCGCGCCCGUAGGCAGGAGCGGCCGGGUCUCCUCUUCCGGCACAGGCCCAGCAGACUCGGUGAUGCGUCAGGACUACCGCGCCUGGAAAGUGCAGCGGCCCGAGCCGAGCUGUCGGCCGCGCAGCGAGUACCAGCUGUCAGACGCACCCUUUGAGCGAGAGACCCAAUACCAAAAGGACUUCCGUGCCUGGCCGCUGCCACGCCGCGGGGACCACCCGUGGAUCCCUAAGCCUAUGCCGAUCCCCCCGUCCACCCAGGCUCCAGCGCCCGUCCUGGGAGUGCCUAAGCGUCGGCCGAAGAGCCAAGAGCGUUGGCCCGCCCAAGCCGCCACCGAGGCCCCGGGGCAGGAAGAGGCGCCUGGCGGAGUGAGUAGCAUUGCGGCAGCCGGAAAGCCGUCAGGCGCGGACGAGCGCGACACACGGAGGAAAGCCGGGCCCGCCUGGAUGUUGCAUCGUGCGGAAGGGCAGGGACUGGGCCAUGAGCAGACUCCGCUGCCAGGGACCCAGGUCCAGACGCCAGGCUCCGAGGCUGGCAAGGGGCGUGCAGCAGCAGACGCCCUCAACAGGCAGAUCCGCGAGGAGGUGACAAGUACAGUGAGCAGUUCCUACAGGAAUGAAUUCAGAGCAUGGCCAGACGUCAAGCCCGUGAAACCAAUAAAGGCCAAGCCCCAGUACAAGCCCCCAGAUGAUAAGAUGGCGCAUGAGACCAGCUACAGCGCCCAGUUCAAAGGGGAAGCCAAUAAGCCCUCACCAGCUGAUAAUAAGGUCAUUGAUCGCCGAAGAAUACGAAGCCUCUACAGUGAACCAUUCAAGGAACCCCCAAAGGUGGAGAAACAUAGUAUUCAGAGUUCCAAACCAAAAAAGACCUCAGCGAGCCAUAAAGCCCCAAGGAAGGCCAAAGACAAACAGGUGGUGUCGGGCCGUGUCACCAAGAAAAAGAGUGCAGAGGGCAGCAGCCCCGCCAAACCUGACGACAAGGAGCAAAGUAAAGAGAUGAACAAUAAACUGGCUGAGGCUAAAGAGUAA